CUUGCACACCUUGCUAAGACGGCGCUUUAAAACUCCGCCACGUUCCCCCGACUCCGAGGUGCCUUAGUAAAGAUGGGACGCACUGGCCGAGGUGAGUACGCCUACGAGCGUACCCCACAACACGAAACACCACAAACAUGGACCCGCGUUGAAAAUGGCGCUCCGUCUCCUGAAGGUCACCAAAAGGAGGUUGGAGAGGAACGACAUGUGAUGUCUUUAUCGCAAAAGAAGCCUCCUCGCGUUCUCUUAUUGGCAUCAACCCCAGAAAAAGACAGAGAUGCGGCAGACGACGAUGUUGACCAUGAUCUCGAUUCAAGUUCCUCAUCUGCUGACGAUGCUUUCGCGACACUAUCACCUGGAACUAAUCCUCAUGGCGGCCAUAAAACGCCGAUGUCGAAGAACGAGACAGAUAUAAUCGCAUCAACCAAGUCCUGGACCAAGUGGUGGUCCUACUUUUCCUUAUCCCCUGUCACAUUGAUCAUCAUCGUUUGCAUGGUUGACGCAGCAGAUCGAGCCUUGAUUGAUGCCUGCUAUAAGCCCUUUGAGAAGGAUUUUGGGUUUCGACCUCGAGACUUAGGGUUUAUGACUCUAUGUCAAUUGUUAUCCGCUUCUAUAGCAUUGCCAUUUUGGGGUGCGGCGCUCCCGAAAUAUGGUGCCCGGAAAUUGCUUGGAUUGUCGUGUACCCUUUGGGCGGGAACGACAUUUCUGUCGCCAUGGGCCUCGAAUAUUUGGGCACAGUGUUUUUUAUGGAUAUGGAUGAAUGGUGGCUGAUGCUUGUUCUUCUACUCCCAGUGAGAAGUACCGCGAUUGCGAAAAGCUACUACCUUCUCUUUGCAGCAUCUUCUAACCUCAGUACGAUUAAUAAACGGUGCUGCCUUGUCUGGGGUCAUGCCAGUGUCGCAGGCAGUCUUAGCCGAUGUCAUUCCCGAGGAGAGGAGGGGAGCGGCUUUCGGCACGGUCGGGUCUUUGCUUAUGGCUCUGUGUAUCGUGUUUGUGCGUUCUGAGUACUUAGAACAAGAAGAACCUAACACCCACGAAGAUUCUAGUAUUCGUAUUUUUAGUCAUGGACCUGUGCCUGAAGAUUCUUGUUACGCACUCAUAAAGGACCUUACAUCAACAUGGGCAGGAGUUUCAGGAACAAGAACUCAUCUUCACCCUCUAACGAAGACACCAUAGCCAAGGUGGUCGUUACCUACUUUGUGAUCAGUGCAGGCGACAAUUGGAGAUGGGGUUUUUACAUCAUUGGAAGCGUCUCGUUUCUGUUGAUCUAUCUCAUUCAAACGCAGUUGCCGGAAGACUACGGCAAGUCGGAAGCAUCCAGAGAGGGAUACGGCAUGAUGGCGAUCAGGAUCAUGCGAAAAAUUGUCAAGAUACCAAGCUUCUGUGCUAUGAUGAAACUGUGUUUUCAUUCUCUCUCUUCUCUCAGUCUCACGACGAAAAACGUCAAUAUUUAUUAUACGACUUCUUGUUGUUGUUCUCUAAUCUCCUUUACCUUUUGUGCUUGUGAUCAUGAAUCUCCCAUUCUAUGAUUUGCUUCCGGCCUCUGUAUCACGUUUUCCCCCUCCACUCUCAUGAUUCUUCAUUCAUAGUAGUCCUCGUGUUGCAGGGCGUGGCAGGCGGGACACCUUGGCAGACAUUCAGUUUCCUGAACAUGUACUGGCUGACCCUCGGAUUCUCAAAUGAGGAAGCAGCAACGAUUGCCUCAGUCAGCUGUAGCGGUGCUAUCUUUGGCGCGUUUUUGGGCGGUCGGUUAGGUGAUUUUUCAGCACGGUUGAUUCCCGAUGGCCGCGGACGGAUUUUCAUAGCACAGCUUUCUGUCGCUGGCGGUGUGCCAUUCUUCAUCCUGAUGCUCACAAGCAGCGUCGUCGAUGGCAGUAGUGUGAUGCAGGCAUGCACUUUCGGGUUUCUGUUUUACGUGAUCGCAACCUGGUGUCCUUUUGCUGCGAAUCAGCCAAUAUGCGCAGAGCUGGUAUUAGAUAUUCUCAGGAAGUUUCUUCUUCUAGCACUUGCUGUUUGAUGAUCGACUGAUUGAUCUUUUUUUGGAUACAACAGCAUGAUCAAUACGUUUGCAGCACUUCGAGGUUUCAAGCAAAAAAUCUAUAUCUAUGUAUAGGUAGUUUGGUCAUGAUUCACUCACUGCUCUCAGGUCACCUCUUCAGCCGAGCGUGCUCAGAUCUUGGCUCUGUGGGUUUUGAUUGAAGGAACUGCGGGUGCCGUUUUCGGCUCGCCUAUUGUCGGCCUAUUGUCUGAGGCAUUUGGCUACGACCUCGCGAAAGCGAAAAGAGAACAAGAAGCCUUAGAACAACUAAGGUAUGAACAGCAAGAACUAGCAAAUGGAGGUGCAUCUGUAGCAACAUCAGGAGCUUCGUCAUCAUCUGGCUCUGCGUCUUUGGGCAUGACUGGAAAGUCAUCAUCCUCCUCAGGAGGAACAUCAGGAGCAACAACUGCAACUCCUCAACAGCUCCCCUUGUUUCCCCUGAACCAACUACAAGAAACAAAAAACGCAGAGGCGCUUAGUUCUGCGUUGAAAGGAUUGGGCAUUGUUUGUUGGUCCGUUUGCUUCUUGUGCUGGACCGUGAUGUACUGGACGUUCCCGAGAGACAGGGAGAAGGCGAGGAAAUUAUGACGAAGUGGAAAUGUAGGUCUUGCUCUUCUAAAAACAGUUUUCAAUGUACUUCUUAGAUUUUCAAAAAUUUUUCCAUGUUAUUUCUUGUUGUAAGAAAUGUCCUCCAUGUCUAAUUUCAGAACAAAUGCUUCUCGACGCGCAGCAAGUGGAGCAAAGGACGACCUCGAACGAAAGACCGGCAAGAAAGAAGGACGGGGGCAAUCUGCUCGAUCUUGAAGCUCCCGAAGAGGGUGUGGGUUUAGAAGAAGUCCAACUUGCAUCUUUAGACGAUCAUGACCCUGCUAGGGAACAGCAACAACAGCUUGUCCCGAAAAGUACAAGCUCAAUUAGUCCUCCAAGCAGAGGCAGGAAUAAGCAGAAGGUAGGUGGAGAAGUAGAGGUACUAAACUCUCGACAAGAACGCCCCAUGAUGAAACUUCCUGACAUUAAGGGUUGAGACAUUUCAUUUUUACAAGUCUUCUGUACUUCAGAAUAAGAUUGCUACAACUAAAUAAAAAAUGAAAUGUUUCAACCUUUAAUGACAACAUAGUUGGUCACCAAGCAUCGCGAGCUUCAGAAGAUCACGCGGUAACCAGGACUCCUGGAGGAGAGUCGACAGACUCUAACACGUGGAUCAUACCAGGAAGCAACAGGAAGAACCGACACGAUGGGCGCUUUGCCAGAGGAGCUUCUAGUCGGGGGAGAGAGCCAGCGGAUGCGUUGUAGGACAAGGGGAAAAAGCUCACACCAUGAACAAGACUAACUAUAGCUGACAUUUACCAUGAACAUCAGUCAUCAGAUCAGGAUCAGGAUCAGGAUCAGGAUGAUCGCAAAAGAUGUAUGGGUCUGUAAAUGAGAGUUGUAGUGCCCUCCGACUGAUGAGAACGGUAACAUGUUACACAAUGAUCACUGACUUCGGGCCGCUGGACCUUUCGCAUAAAUGAAAACCUCAGUUAAAACUUCCCAGUG